AUGUUUUACAAUCACGACAUUUUGUCUCGACGCAAGACGGGUCUGGGCAUCGUCUGGCUAGCGGCGACGCUCGGCGAUCGAAGUAUCGUCCGACGGCUCAGCCGCAAGGAGAUUCUGAACGUCGACAUUGGCGGAGCGUGCGAGUACGUGCGUCGGCCUACGGAGCCGCUAUCGCUUCGGCUUUCGAGUCAGCUCAUGUUCGGGCUGGUCAAACUUUACUUUCAUCGAACCGAUCUGCUAUACCACGAUGUAACGAGUGCACACAGCGAAGUGAGACGGACAAUGCUGUCGACUACGAUUGUGCGGACCGAGGAAUCCAAGCAGCUCGAUAUGCGCAAGAUGGUAGCGAGCAGAGAUGCGAUUACGAUGCCGCUGGAUUUGGCCUUCUUCACGCUGGAUUUCGACGCGGUCGCUACGGGCAUGUUGUACAGAUGGAGUGUUGAACCACCACAGAGAGGCGGCUUGCAGGAGCAGAGCGUGGAGGAUGGAUUUAGAACGCCGACGCCCGCCUCGUUUGUCGAGCAGGAGGAGAGAAUCACGCUACCAGAGACACGCUUUGACGAGCAGGAGUUGGGUCUGCCGAGAGCGUUCGGAGAAGUCGAGGAUUUCGGUGCCAUGUCGGCAGAAGGUGGGUUUGAUGAGGACGAGGCAGAGCGGCUGGAUUUGGGCUUGGAAGGUGCCGAGUUCGUUCAAGAUCGACCGGAUGUCUUGGUGCCAGCCGCACCCGAAGGCAUUCAACGUCGAUCUGUCGGCGACGAUACGAUCACGUCACAAUGGCAAGAACUCGAACAAAGACUGACGCAAGAAGCGGCGCGCAUGGAAGCGGGUGCUCUCAUCGAAGGCAUUCCCACCGUCACCCCCGCUCGUCGAUCGCGAGACCAAGAGGACGCAGCCGAGGUCGAAGCAUCUCUGCGACUUGCAGCUCGCCAACGCCGAAUCGCACCGUUUCCGUCUGAAGAUGGCACCACCAUGCUCAGCGACACGCAAUUGCGCUUGGCUCGAAGCGACUAUGCACAGCGUAUGGCUACCGAGCGUGCUGCAGCACAAGACAGAGCGAGACGCAGCGCAGCGCAUGUCACAGCACGCCACUUGUUGUUGAGCCCACCGCAAGAUAUGGCACUCCAUCCGGCGUUGGCGGGAAUGUGGCAGAUGACGGUGGGACAGCACCUUGUCUCACGUCGAGCGUGGUUCGUUCAGAUGCGAACCGAGGCUGCACUUGCACCUGUCGACGAGCUACCGCCGACACCUCCUCCGCCGACACCGAUCGCGCUGGAUUUGGACGAGGUGGCUGACGUAGGCGUGGCACGAGCAGCGGUAGCCAUGCCGGACUUACCAGCUGCACUUCGCGGCGCUCGAGAGUCUCUUCCCUGGAACGUUUUUAUGGAGCACCGUAGAAGGUCGUCCAUGAUGCCAUCGAUUUCCUAUGAUCAGCCACCCACCGUGGAACGCGCAACAACACCGCUUCGACUGCGCGACGUUUCAGUGGAAACACCCACAGGAUUGCGUCGAUUGCCACCGCACGAAUCACCGCUCUUUCCACCCGCUUCGCCAUCCACCGUGGCGGCACUCGACGUGUUCGACCUGCCCCCACUGUCCGUUGCGAGAACACCGUCUGUCGAGCCAUUCAGACUUGGCCUCCCCGCCGCCGCCACCACUGCAGCAGUGGGCGAGGCGGAGCGUUCGCCUACUCCACCCUACCAAUUCUUGCAACAAGACAUGCAGGAGGAGACGCGCAAUUUUCUCGAGUACGCACGUUCGAUUCGAGAGCAGUUACAAGAUCCGGAUUUCUUGUUUUUCAGCGACCUCGCUCCCGUAGCCAGCAGCACACCAGCUGUUGCUGCGCAGGCAUUCUACCAUACACUGGCGCUUGCUGGUCGAGCCAGCUUCAAAGUCAAGCAGGAUGAAGCGUACCAGGAGAUCCGCAUUUUUCUCGUUCAUCCAUGA